UUACAACACCUCGUUGUCAACCGCCUCCUUGCUUGACAACAUUCGCCGCUCACCACUUCCCUUGUCACGCCCGUUGGUGACGGUCCGGUAGCGUCUGUUUGCAAGCACCAAGGCCACGCUAUACUGAGCACAGCUGCCUCGCUCAUGCUCCCCGGCAUACGUAACGUCGCCGCUGCUUCACCUCCACAUCGCCUUCACCGUUAACCGAGCCGCCUCACCUUCAUCGCCCACAUGCUUGAGCUACAGCUCCCCCGCUCCAUGUCUCACACUCUCCCCCGGGAGCCUUCCUUCGACUUCCACUUCUCAUCCUCCGUCCGACCCACCACCAGGUUCGACUCGGGCACCGUUCAAAUGCAUCUACCUGUCCCCCGUAUGUCAACUGGCUACGAGCUGCCCGCCCCCAGGCGGCCCUUGACGCCUCCCGCGAUGACAGGCUCAGCGGUCAAGGUCAUGUCAUUACCGCCGAGUCAGUGUGCUGGCCAGCAGCAUGGCUACCAGCUUCCUGCAAUUGGGAACUCCAGGUCAGCAACAGUGGUAACGAGCCCUGCCACGUCAAGGCAACAGCAGCAACACUCACAAGAAGUUGCUCAAACGCCACGGAAGAAGUGGUCUAUCUCGCCCAAUCUGCGAAUUCCUUCCACCAUCAACACACCGCAAGAGGGGCUUCCGCAAUUGGCGGCCGAGAUUACCUGCCUGUUUUGGUUCGAGAGUUCGAAAGUGCUGAACCAAGUCGUUGCAGAUUCAAAAUCACCUAUUCAGCAUGUUCAGGCCCUUGUCCCCGACGCGAUACCGACCAGUGGAUUCCGCAAGUGGGUAGCAACGAUCUUGACAACAACUCAGGUUGCCCAAAACGUCAUCCUGCUGGCUCUCCUGUUCGUCUGGAAGUUGAAGCAGACCAAUCCUAGCGUGAAGGGCAAGCCAGGUAGCGAGUACCGUCUUCUGACGGUUGCUCUGAUGCUUGGCAACAAGUUUCUGGAUGACAACACCUACACCAACAAGACUUGGGCGGAAGUCUCUGGCAUCUCAGUGCAAGAGGUGCACAUCAUGGAGGUCGAGUUCCUCAGCAACAUGCGGUACAGCUUGUACACCUCGAAAGAGAAAUGGGAGGCGUGGCACAAGGUCCUUGGCAAAUUCGGUACUUUCUACGAUCGAGCCCGAAAGGUCCCUGCAGCUGGCACGAUCAGCCCCUCGCUCGCGGUCCCACAAAACUCCAUUCCAUCGCCACAAACGAACCAAACCUCCCCACCAACAACACUGUACUCGCCCAAUCCCUUGGCGUUCUCCAACAGCACACCACUUCUGCAGCCCCAGGCAACGUCCGCACAAGUCUCUCCUAUUGGAUCUCUCCCUCCUCUAGGACCUAUUGUGCAACGCAAGCGAAGUACCGACAACACCGCUGAACCGCCAAUGAAGAGACAGGCUCAUGGAUUCGCACCCGGACCCUACUCGAAUGCUCCCCUUGUACCGACAUCGCAAUUGCCUGUAGACAAGUACUUCGAGCCACCCCCAUCCACAAACAGACUGCCCCCUUUGCCGAGUCUUGCUAUUCCACCUCCGCAGCAACAGCACAUGCCUCCUGCACAACUAAAAAACUGGUCAGAGCUUCCAUUGCCUGUUCCGGGUAACCGCUCCAUGGCUAUGGUGUACCCACCACCGGUCCAGUGGCAGCAACCAGUGAGCACACCAACUUCUUCGGCUGCGCCUCCGUUUUCCACACACCACACACCAACUGCGGAUCGAUCUCGUCAAAUCAGUCCCUUCACACAUUCGAACAAUUCGUCUCCUACGAGUGUAUCGUUUCCCACUGGAUCACGACAACUGUCUCCGUCCUACUUCUUGAACCAACGACAGUCGCCAUACCGUCCGGUCCGCGGCGUGCACACCCUGCUGGUACCUCCGCCGCAGGCAUCCAUUCAGAACCCAGCUCGCAACAUCUCAGAAGAUCAGAUGCAUUACCAUCCCCUCGGCCGUCCUAUGACGGAUCGUCGAGCUGGCCCUUUGCCGUACAUGGACCACAGUGCAUGGCCUGAGCAGCACCAGUUCAACCAGCUUCCCGUCCCUCACCAGCCGGUUUUCCGUUGAGGACUACUUUCAUUGUACAAAACUUCCGCAGCCAUACAUCUGGGGGCUAGCGAUCUUUCCUGGUUUAUGAGCAUUUUUUGUUAGCGUUU